AUGGCCUGCAACAGUUCCAGCACUGAGACCUACCAGUACUUGCUGCUGAACGGGAGCAAUGUGUCGGACUCUGGGGUCACCACACCACCCACCCCCCUCAGGAUAUCCUUGGCGAUAAUCAUGAUGCUGAUGAUCGUGGUGGGAUUCCUUGGCAAUGCCGUGGUCUGCAUCAUCGUGUAUCAGCGGCCAGCCAUGCGCUCCGCCAUCAACCUGUUGCUGGCCACGCUGGCCUUCUCCGACAUCAUGCUGUCCUUAUGCUGCAUGCCCUUCACCGCCGUCACCCUGAUCACAGUCCACUGGCACUUUGGGGAUUACUUCUGCCGCCUCUCGGCCACCCUGUACUGGUUUUUUGUCCUGGAGGGCGUGGCCAUCCUGCUCAUCAUCAGCGUGGACCGCUUCCUCAUCAUCGUCCAACGGCAGGACAGGCUGAACCCGCGGCGGGCCAAGAGGAUCAUCGCCGUCUCCUGGGCGCUGUCGUUCUGCGCGUCGGCGCCCUCGCUGACAGGCCGGACGUUCGUGGAGGUGCCGGCGCGGGCCCCCCAGUGCGUGCUGGGCUACACGGAGUUCCCGGCGGAGCGCGCCUAUGUGGUGGCGCUGGUGGUGGCCGUGUUCUUCAUGCCCUUCAGCGUCAUGCUGUGCUCCUACCUGUGCAUCCUGCACACGGUCCACAAGAACGCCAUCCGCGUGCACAACCAGUCCGACAGCCUGGACCUCAGACAGCUCACCAGGGCCGGCCUGCGGCGGCUGCAGCGGCAACAGCAGGUCAGCCUGGACUUGAGCUUCAAGACCAAGGCCUGCACCACCAUCCUGAUCCUCUUCGUGGGCUUCUCGCUCUGCUGGCUGCCGCACUCCGUCUACAGCCUUCUGUCGGUGUUCAGCCGGGGCUUCUACUGCAGCUCCUCUUUCUACACCACCAGCUCCUGCGUCCUGUGGCUCAGCUACCUCAAGUCCGUCUUCAACCCCAUCGUCUACUGCUGGAGAAUCAAAAAAUUCCGCGAGGCCUGCAUUGAGUUGCUGCCCCAGACCGUCCAAAUCCUCCCCAAAGUGCCUGAGCGGAUCCGGAGGAGAAUCCAGCCGAGCACGGUCUACGUGUGCAAUGAAAACCAGUCCGCCGUUUAG